AUGGUUGGCGAUCAUCGCGUCAAUCUGUUUUUGGGCACUCGGGUUCCGUUGUCGCAUGACGAUUGCCUGGGGUCGCGAGAGUUUCUUCAAAACAAAGAGAAAGAAAGAAAGAAAGAAAGAAAGAAAGAAAGAAAGAAAGAAAGAAAGAAAGAAAGAAAGAAAGAAAGAAAGAACGAAAAAGAAAAAGAAGAAGAAGAAAAAACCAUCAUCGUCUAA